AUGGCGUUCAACUUGUCAUGGGCGGGCGCACCAUUGCCCGAUUUCAGCGAUCACGAAGAAGACAGCGCAGACGACGCUCAGCUGGAUAACGGCUCAGGAUCUGAGGCGGACGACGGCCAGUAUCGAGGCGACUACGACGGCAAUUCCACCGGAGAGAUAGACGACACUUUUGCAACUUCACAUGCCCAAAGUAAGGGCAAAGGUAAGGGCAAGAAGAAGAGCAUCAAAGAGAGCGGUACCGCCGCUGUUCCAAAGAAGCUCACACUCGACCCCGACACGUACGAUGCGCGCCUCAUCGAGCUCAAGAGGCAGGGCUUCACCGACGAACAAGUCUCCCAGAAGCUCAAGGAUGAAGGCCGCAUUCAAUAUGAAGCGAAGACAGUGGGUAGCCGCUGGAUGCGGCUGAAGAAACUCCUCAUGCAGCAGGAGGACGAGCGACUCGAUGAUGAGUUGAGUGACUGGCACGAGGGCGAGGACGACCAACUCAAUGCGAUCGCUAAAGCAGUUGCUCCCAAAUUCGAUCACCAGAUCCAGCUCCUCGAACAGCGGAGAUGGCACGAGAUCUCCCUGCACCUCGCCAACAAGCUCGGACAGAGGAAGUACACUGGCAAAGCAUGCCGCGAGCGGGUUGAGGCAGUCAAGAAUGGUACUGCCCUUCCACCAAUUGAGCAGGCCAAGAACGCAGAAGAGAGACGUCGAAUGAGAGAUGAGCGGAUCGCCGCCAACAAGAAAGCUCGUCAAAACGCCCGAGACGAACAACGCGCAAAAGAGCAGCGAGCCCAAGCCCGAGCUGAGGCGAAGAAGCGUGACCUGGCAGAGGCGACGAGAAAGAAGAUUGACGAUGCUCUUCAAAAGCGGAGUGACAAGGAGACUGCCGAGCGGAUCAAGGAAGAGCGGAGGAUCAACAAGGAAAAGGAGAAGCAGCACAAAGCUGCUGUGGAGGCACGAUUCCUAGCUGAGAAACAGUGGAUUGCGAAGCGCAAGCAAGCUGAGGAGGAUCUGUACAAAGAGCUGACGGGCUACAACAUGGGUGGCAAGAAGCCUGGUCGCAUGCGGAAGGGCAAGGACGGCUACGAGGAGGAAGAAGAAGAGGCCGAAGCCAGCGACGUCUACGACAGCGAGGAAGAGGACAUCAUCGACCUGAUCAACGACGACGACACCGACGAAGAAGACGCCCCCGGCAUCUCCGACAACGACGACGACCUCGCCUUCUUCGAACCCCAACCCCCGGCCGAAGAAGAAGACACCACCACCACCCCCAAACCCCGCAAACUCUCCACCCUCCUCGCCCCCCGCGCCGGUCACAUCCCCGCCCCCGUAACAAAAACCACCCUCCUCAACCCACGCAGCAUCCUCACCGACGCCGAACUCGAACGCCUCCUCUUCUACCGCUCGCUGCCCCGACGCGGGCCCUCCGAAACCCACGCCGAAGUCGUCGCGCGCCUCGCCGCCAACGACGAAACGCUCAAAUCCGACGAACUCUCCCAGCUGCUGAUGCAUCUGAGCGAGAAGAGUAAAGGGAAGAAGUUUGAGAAGAUUUCCCGCUUGCGCGAGGCGGAUGCGAGGGAGUGUGAUGCGGGGCAGAUGGGGGUGAGGAGUACGGAUUUGGAGUUUGUGAGGAGGUAUGAGGGGUAUUCUGGGGAGUUUGCUGGGCUAGUCAGGGAGAUUGUGGAGGAGGAGGGUCAGAUGGUGGAGUAG